AUGGCAAGUUCGGCGCCACAACCCUCCGUGCCGGGUGCAGCCGAGCCCGGGACAUCGGCCGACGCAACGACAGCGACGACGCCAGCCACGUCGCGCACGGGUUCCACCGCUGCGUCAGCUGGUACGGAUCCUAGUGCAACGGCACAGCAUCCUGCACCGGGCAGCGCGACGCCAGCAACCGACACGAUCGGUCGCAAGGUUGAAAAAGUCCUGCAAGCCCACUCAGGCCUGCUCCGGGCCGUUCCUGGCCAAGACGACUUGGUCACUUCGCUCGCCGGCCUGGAUGGACUGCUGGAAGACAACACGAAGCAUGCGCGAAACAACCUGCGCAGCAAAAUUGAACAACAAGCCCUCGUUGCCAACCAGCAAUUCAUCACCGUCUUCUCCUCAGUCUUUGAGGCUCUUGCCGGUGUGGAGACAGAGCUGGCAGGCAUGACUUCAGCUUGUAAGCAAAUGACAGAACGCUUGGCCAAGGCCAAGAGUGAAACUUCGGCCCUCGUCACCCAGACGAACAAUCUCAAGCAAGCCCAAGAUCAGGCCGAACUGCGACGCAAGCUCCUCGACGCCUUUACCGCCCGCUACCAACUUCCCCCCGAUGACAAGGCCGUUUUGCUUGGCGAUCGCCCCUUUGACAUGACCUUCUUCUCCGCGCUUGAGCGCGUACAAGCCAUCCAUGCCGACUGCCGACGGCUCCUGCGCACCAACCACCAACGUGCAGGCGUCGACAUUAUGGAUGACAUGGCCAAUAUCCAAGAUCGCGCCUACGAACGCCUCUAUCACUGGACUCAAAAUGCCUGCCGGGGCCUCACCACCGAGCAUGUCGACAACAGCAAGCGUCUCAACCUUGCAUUUUUGGCCCUUCGCUCUCGCCCUGUCCUGCUACAAUAUUCACUGAAUGAGCUGGCCACAGCACGCCGCAACGCCCGCGUGCGGACCUUUUCCGAUGCCCUGACCUUUGGCGGGCCCAACGGCUCACCACCCCCCAUCGAGAUGCACUCCCAUGACCCACUCCGUUACAUCAGUGACAUGCUGGCCCAUGUUCACCAAACCCUGCUGGCCGAGCGCGACCUUCUCCGCACCAUUGUUGGAACUGACCGUACCGUCCAACAGGGAGCUGGCUCAAACCAUGCCAUGACAGGUGAACAGCUGAGACCAUUCCUGUAUUUGGCGACCCGGUGUGUGAUGAUGGCGUCAUCCAGCCUACGUGUUGGUGAGGCACUGGAUGCCAUCGCUGAGGGCCUGACCAGGCCGUUUCGCAUGCGAGCUGAAGCUGUACUCAGUGCACUGCAAAGCGAUAUCGUCAUGGCCUACAAGGUGGCCGCCCUGCUCGAGUUUUACCGACAAUCCUCCCAAGAGCUGAUCAAGCUGGACCGCACUUCUUCUUUGGCCGAGGUCAUUCAAGAGCUUCACGCCAAAACCCUCAAAAUAUUCUUCAACGCAUUGGAAAUUCGCGCUAAUGAUCUGCUGGUAAACGUCGACGUGGCCCCGGCCAGUCUCUCCCCUCCCGACAGUCUCGUGCGCAUCAUGAGUACGGUUCGUGAGGUGCUCGACGCCCAAGCUACAUCCUACGGCCGCCAAGGCGACGAUGGCGCCCAGGAAUUGGAAAAGGCGGCUUACAUGCUGAAUUGCUUCUAUCACAUUCAAACCGUGCUGACCCUCUACGACAGCACUCAUCGCCGACUGGAAGUCAUCGAGUCGGAGAUGGAGCGUCACAUUGAUACGCUUAUGGUGGUAGUCACCACCGCACCCAUGCUGGUGAACGCAGAGGGAGAGCCGGUUGCGGCCAUGGCAGCGGAACCUCGAUUUCCAGACCGUUUCAUCUGCCCCUUUCCCCAUCGUUGCGUCGGCGAGGAUUGUCGGUACAAGCCCAUGAUGCGAGCACCGGCCCUCCGACCCAUGACCUUUUCCUGGUACCCGGCAUCGUGUGACGACUGCCGCUGCGUUGCAGAUAAUCGCUACGCCAACCCCCACGGGUUUUCCUUUGUGUUCACCGUUUCCACGGGCCACUCAGGGACCGGGUUUUUGGGCAAUGAAGCUGUCUGGGCACAUGCCCUGCGUCGGCCAAGUCUAGAAGGAACCCCAGUUUUGGUGUUUCAUGAGCGCCACGAUCGACGCAAUAUGUUACCCAACAUUCAGCAGCGCUGGAACGUCUGCGAUGUCGCUUGGACCUUUGUCGUCGAGGAUAUGGUCCCGUUUAUGGAGCAGCAGCUUUUGGCCAAGAACCGUAGCAUCUUCUUCUCCUCGGGACAUGACAUGACCGUGGGGCUCCUGCCUGCUUUGGUCAGCUACCUGGGUCCUGCAGUCAGUCUGGUCCGCGUACGCCGCGACCGAGUGCGAGUCGCCAAGAGCUUUACCAUUUCCGUCCCAUUGGGCCCAGAGGCACAGCGAUGCUUCUUUUGCAUCAACCCCGAUUCGCUUCUAAACCGUUGUCCCUGGCGUGACCGACAAGCUUUUGCGCAACUUUCAAGCUUUCAACGUUUUCUUCACGCGUCAGAUGAGAUGGAGUGCCAGUGGCAAAGCCUGCGCCAUUCUUUUCCGCACCAGCGAACGUUUGUCCUCAAUUGGACCACGAGUAUAUCUGAGGAAGAGAUGCAGGCACUGGCUUACUUUGUGGGGGAGCUGCAGCCGUUGUCGCCCAGUGCGGAGGAUUUACCACUUCUGAAGUGGAUCAAAAAUCAGCAUCAUCGCUCUCGGGCACUCAACACAAGCGUGCCGCAGGAUUUUCAGGUCGAGCUCGCCCAGCACGCACAAGCUCUCGGUGUGACGCUAACUCACUGCAACAACAUGACCUGUAUUCCCUCUCCAAAUUCCAGUGUCCGAGGAGAGGCGGGUACGAUAUGA